AUGGGCUUCAUGCAAGAGCACCUGGUAUCUGCCUCAUACCAAGAAACAUUGGGAGGUAUACGCGCUCAAGGAGAGGCCGCACAAACUGUAGUAGAAGCACCCGCCUUGGGGGCAGCGACACCAGCAGGGGAACGAAUCACAGUGGCAGCAACAAUCUCCCCUUUGUCUCUCCUUCGCUCCAUUCUGCUGCUGCAACGAACCCCAGACACCCCUCGUCGCUGUCCGAGGGGCCUCCUCGGGGGGCCCCCCGACGCGCAUAGCAAGAAGUCGCGUCAAAAAGGCCAAAGGACCGAUGCAGCGGCUGAGUCUAAGGCGGCAAAAUACACACAGAAGCAGCAUGGGCAAGCAGAACAACACCAGCAACCACUGCACUGCACGGCAACAGACUGUGCCUGGCGGUACAUCCCUUCCCGCGUACAAGUGCGUAGAGCGGCAACGAAGGAAGAAAAACACGGCUCUGCAGCAGCGCCUGAAGCAACGACAGCCACAGGAAUGGCAGAGAAAGGCAAUGAAAACCACCCACCCCACCUCCCCGCCGUGGAUCCGAUAGCGUCCACGAACAGGCCCCUAUCGGCGACUGCAGGGGGCCCCCUCUCGGCUGCAUCAAAAAUGCAGCCAAUCGACCUCAAAGAAGAAGCAGAAGCACAAGCGAGUGAGUCUCAGGAGGCAGCAGCAGCGGCUACCCCAGCAGCAACAUCAGUAAGGGCCCUACAGCAACGAGCUCUCCACCAAUUCUUCCCUUUGUGCCCCCCACCCCCCACCCCCCAUAAGAGCAGCAGGACGCAUGCAAAGCAGCAACAGCAGCAAUUGAAACAACAGCAGCAAUUGCAACAACAGCAGCAAUUGCAACAACAGCAGGAGGUGCAGCAGCUUUCAGGUGACGACUGCGAGCCCCACACGGAGACACCCCCCCCCACAAGGAAGCGGCUGUGCAGCACUGUUCAAGACCAAGCUGCCGCUGCUGCUGCCGCUGCUGCUGUUGUUGCUGCUGCUGCUUCUUCUUCUUCGUGCAGAGCCUCCAACGAUGCAGCUGAAGCAGCAGAAAGCCAUGAACCUAAGAGGAGCCGCAGACUCAUGGAGGCGAGGGCCUCUGCUGCUGCUGCUGCUGCUGCUGCUGCUGCUGCUGCUGCUGCAGCUGCUGCUGCUGCUGCCACCUCUGCAGCGGCAGCAUCGGCGCGGAAGGAGGCAGAAGCGAUUGAGCAGUCGAACAAGAAAGAGGCCUCAACGGGGGAAGAUGACGUGCCGACAGUUGAAGCGAUUGACGUCGAGGAGGAAGCCCAGCAGCAGUCGCAGAAGCAGCAGCAGCGCAUUACAAUCAGCGAACAAGCGCGAAGACAUGCCAACGGGCUAAGAGGCCCUUGGAGUGAAAUCUUUGGAGGCGCCCGCAAAGCAGCAGCAAGAGGCCCCUCGAGAGCUUCGCCUCGCGAUAAGAAGGCAGUCAAGGGUGUGAGAGGCGCCAUGCUUUCUUUCUCUUGCAGCAGCAGCGGCAGCAGCAGCGGCAGAAGGCUUUCGGGGGGGGCCCCCUUCAAGAGCGCAGCGCAGGAAGUAGAUGAAUUCCAGCUCCAGGAGGCCCUUUUGCGGAGGCAGCAAAGGCAGCACAGGCAGCAGCAGCUCCUCUACCAGGAGCAGCAGGAGCGACUGAGGCUGCUGCAGGAGCAGCACGUUGCAGCAGACACCAGUCGUCAGUGGCUUGAAAGUCUCUCGUGCCCGCCCUUUCUUAAAGCAGCCGCUGAAAAUGCAUCACGGGAUGCUCUGAAGGCUCUUCUAGGGGGGCCCCCCUUGACUGCUGCUCCUCGAUGGGGGGCCCCUAGGGGGCACACGACGGUUUUCCUCUUGGCGCCCUUUGUCUUCACGUCGGAAGCGGCACUUCGAGCGGCAAUCGAAGCGGCAGGUGUACUGACAACGCGCUGCCGACGUCGGGCGCAAUUCGUCGUGACAGGAUGCACUGCAUACACCACGGCAGCACGUGCAACAGCUGCCAUUGACGAAGAUUGUGUCAUUAGUGAGCUUCAAGUGUUAGAGGCCUUCGGUGUCUCUUUGGAGACUGCGGCACUCCGAUUCUCCCCUCUUCAUCCGAGGAGCUGCACGCCUCUCUCUGCGAUAGUUGCCAAGCCUCUGCGAAGGCUGCUGCAACUGCGCCAGCAGCAGUCGCAUUUUCCGCGAGAAAAAGGGCAGCAGAAAAAGCCUUCAAAUGAUGCGCAGGAGCAACAGCAGCAGCAGGAACGACAAGACCAACAACAGCAGCAGGAGGAACGACAGCACUUUCGACAGGAGUCUGAGGAGCUUCAGCAGCAGCAGCAGUAUGAGAGCGAGAGGAAUGGUGCUGCUCUUGACUUGUUAUUCCUAAGGGAGACUUGGCCAGAUGCCUUUCAUCCCGUUUCGCCUGGCGAGAUUGGUGGGAACGAUGACGGAGCAGCGGCCCUUCAUGCGGUGCUGUCUUGUGCUGCUCGCUCGUGCGCUGCAGCAGCGGAGGCUGUGAGGAAGCGCAGGCAUGCGGCAGGUUCAAAAGUCGUGGCAGCAGGCGGCGCCGAUGCUGCUGUUGCACCUGCGACGGACAGAAAGAAGCGGAACGGCCGUGAGCCACCCUUUGCUGACGAUGCUGGAGAGGCAUUUACUCCUUCCCCAGGAGUUGUAGUUGUCUCGCUGCCUCCCCGCUGUGGGGGGGAGGCCCUUGUGCGCCUUGUCGCGCUUGCCUCUGGGUUCUUUGCAGCUGAAGAGGACGCCUUGAGAGAGGCUAGUCACAUCGAGGAGCUCAUGCAGUUCUUCGCUUCCUCCCACAGCGCGGAGGCGAAGUUCGAGCCUGCGGCUGGAGUGGCGUGUGCAGGGGUUCCUGCUUCUGCUACUUCUCCUGCUGCCUCUGCGAGCGUCGAAGCAGAAAGCGCAGCUCGCGAGGCGGCUCCCUUGCAGCCGCUGCUGCGUCUAAGCCUCUACGAUUUCUGGACGCUGUCUAAGAAGCAGCUGGCGAGGCUGCUGCUGCGCCGUCGGGAGGGGAGUGCGCGCGUGGCGCCUCUUUCAGGAGACCCCUCUGUUGUUGCUCGGUCGGCUGCAGCGCAAGCGGCGUCUGCUGCAUGCGCUCCAGACGUGUGUCUGGCCGUUUGGAGGGAGGGAGACGAUGCCCUCUCCGUCAGGAAGGCGGCAGAGACUCUGAUAGAAGAGGCUCUCAAGGAUCAUGGCAGCAAACCGGGGGGGAUGAGCGGCCGUGUCUCUGCGGGAGCUGCGCCUCGUCAGCAGCAGCCGCUACAUCGCGGCAAAAAUACAAGAAACGCUCCUGAAGACGAAGCAUGCGACAACUGGCGAAGUCUGGUCGCCUUCGUGGAGCUUGCGAGACCUCCCAGAGAGGCAUUUGUGCAGAGGUAA